UUGGAGGAUCAACGUCGAGGAGAGAAGCGUCCGUCGUCUCUUCUUUUAUUUGGUUUUAACAAAUCCACUUGGUACAAGAAACAAGAUGAAAUUGGUUAUUUUGCUGUUCAUCUUUUGUCCUUUAGCAUCUUCAGUGAUCCACUCCCUGAAGUACUUCGACACUGGAUCCUCCCACGUGCCAAACUUCCCAGAGUUUGUGGUUGUUGGGAUGGUUGAUGGUCUUCAGAUGGUUCAUUAUGACAGCAACACUCAGAGAGCAGUACCCAAACAAGACUGGAUGGACCAGGUCACAACAGGUGACCCACAGUACUGGGAGACGGAGACUGGAAAUAUGAUGAGUCGCCAGCAGUGGUACAAAACCAACAUUGAGACUGCGAAGCAGCGCUUCAACCAAACUGGAGGCGUCCACAUUGUUCAGUUCAUGAGUGGCUGUGAUUGGGACGAUGAGACUGGAGACAUUAAUGGAUAUGAACAGCAUGGUUAUGAUGGAGAAGACUUCAUCGCUCUGGACCUGAAGACAGAGACAUGGGUCGCUCCGACACCACAGGCUGUCAUCACCAAACUGAGAUGGGAUCAAGACAAAGCUCUGUUGGCUUACAAGAAGAACUACUACACCCAUGUGUGUGUUGACUGGCUGAAGAAGUAUCUGCAGUAUGGGAGCAACAGUCUCCAGAGGACAGUCCCUCCCUCAGUGUCUCUGCUCCAGAGGUCUCCCUCCUCUCCAGUCACCUGCCAUGCUACAGGUUUCUACCCUGACAGAAUCGUGAUGUUAUGGAGGAGAGAGGAAGAGGAGGUCCAUGAGGAGGUGGUCCAUGGUGAGCUCCUCCCCAACCACGAUGGAACCUUCCAGAGGAGCAUUCAACUCCUCGUUGACCUUUCAUCAAUGAAGUCUGAGGAGUGGCAGAAGUACCACUGUGUGGUUCAGCUUUCUGGGAUGAAGGACGACAUCAUCAUCAAACUGGACCCAUCACAGAUCAAGACCAACUGGAAAGAUCCUGCCACCAUCAUGCCCAUCAUCAUUGGAGUGCUUGUUGCUGUCAUCGUCAUCGCAGCCAUUGGCGUGGCUUGGUACAAGAAGAACAGAUGCGGUGGAAUCAUAUGAAAUGGUUCAAAUGUUUGAUUUGUUUUUCAUCAAGCUGAUAUUCUAGAAGUUUAGAUGGCUCUCUUAUCCAGCCUCUCACUGAGUC